UCCCCAGUGCUGCACCCAGGGACGUUACAGUGAAGCCAAGCAACAGCUCCAGCAUCAACGUCUCCUGGGGUCCUCCACCCAGCGAAAUGCAGAAUGGUGUCAUCCAGGAGUACAGGGUGUGGUGUGUCGGCAGCGGCAGAGACAACCAGACACGUUACUACAUCAACAGGACCGUGGAUGGAAACACACUGUCCACGGUGCUCAUCGGCCUGACGCCCGGACUGCUCUACCAGGUGGAGGUGGCGGCGGUGACGAGCGCCGGCGUAGGCACGCGCAGUCAGUCCGUGUCCGUUGUGAUCAGUGAGUCGACAGAGACACGGCCUGCAGCUGGGUGGACUGGUGUCAGAUGUUCUUGUUUACUGUGGAAUUGUGGGUUUUUGUUUGAUGUCUUUGUUGAUGCAAGUAGAGCUUUCAACUAGGGCUGUGUAUUGGCAAGAAUUUGGCGUUACGAUACAUAC